AUGUACAACGCCAGCCACGGAUACCCUUACCCUCCCCCUCCCCCUCGUCCCCAGCCUCAGCAAUACUACAACGGCGAUACCUCCUACGACUUUCCCGAGGAUACCUACUUCGACCCCGGCCCUCCUCCCUCUCAGCCUCCACAGCCUGCCCCCGCUUACGCGUACUCCCCAUCUCCCGCUCCCGCUCCUGCCCCUUCGAAAGAGAAGCGGCACAAGCCCCGUUCGCACCGACAUGGACACAGCCAUGACCACUCCCAAUCUCAACCUCCGCCGCAGUCCUACUAUCCCCCAUCUGCACAUGCCCCACCUCCCGUCCCGCAACCACCGGUCCGUGUGGUGCGCGUCCUGACGCUGCUCAUCGAGGACAAGCGCAGCGGGGAGGAGAUGCUGACCGAGGUGCGCGUGCCGCUCCGCCCGGCGGAUCCGGGUGAUACGGGGAUGUGGGCGGACGCGCAGGAGGUGUCGGAGGAGCUGCAGCGGGGACCGUCGAGGAUCGAUGGGCGGGCGAAGGUGUACACAAUGCGGGGCAGGUACAAGCAGCUGUUCCUGCGGAUCCUGGACGACGGGCGGCACGUGUGCCAGCCGGCGAACUUGAAGGUGUCGCCGGAGCGGACGCUCGAGAUAUUCGUCGAGGACGUGAGUGUCGAGGUGUCGUACCGUCUGCGGCUCUGUACGUGA